CGCCGCGGCGGAACGUGUGGUAAAAUGGCUGUGCGUCGGCCAUGAUGGCAUCGAGCAGGGACCGUGUCACGCAAACAUGUUUUCGAAGUGGUAGAAUUGGUUCGGUGAGCGAGUGAGCGUGUUCCAGCGCGAUGGCCGGUCGACGAUGAGGGCCUGAGCCGCCUCCCGCUUGCCGGCAGCAUCGGCCCCGUGGGCCAGGAAGGGCCAGCGAGGGCCCGCUCUUGCGUGCGCACAGCCCCGACUUCGAGUCGAGCGCGGCCCCCGCCCCGCCGCCUCCGAUCGCCCCGGCCGACGGCACCGGGACCCAGGUGCCCCGAGGAACCCCAAGGCGACCCCGAGACGCCCCAAGGCCUCAACAUGAGCAAGCUGACCUUCAGGGCUCGCACCCUCGACGCCUCCAAGCCCAUGCCCAUCUACAUGGCCGAGGAGCUGCCCGACCUCCCCGACUACUCGGCCAUCAACCGCGCCGUGCCCCAGAUGCCGAGCGGCAUGCACAAGGAGGAGGAAUGCGAACAUCAUCUCCAAAGAGCAAUAUGCACUGGUUUAAUCAUUCCAACCCCUGAGGUAACCGACCUGACCGAUGCCGAAGCUUACAACAAGAUUUAUCCUACUGACUAUAAACUGCCCCGCCAACUCAUACACAUGCAACCAUUCACAAUGGAGCAGGACAUACCUGACUACGAUAUGGACUCGGAGGAUGAAAAAUGGGUAGGAACACAGAGCAGAAAGAUGGACCUGACUCCGCUGCAAUUCGAAGAGAUGAUGGACCGGCUAGAAAAGAGUUCGGGCCAGACUGUGGUCACUUUAAACGAAGCCAAGGCACUCCUCAAAGAAGACGACGACCUCAUCAUUGCAGUGUUCGACUACUGGCUCAAUAAACGGCUCAAAACUCAACAUCCGUUGUUAUUGACGGUGAAGACUGAGCACCGGUCAGGGUCCGCAGCCAAUAACCCCUACUUGGCGUUUCGACGGAGGGUGGAAAAGAUGCAAACUCGAAAGCAUCGUAAAAACGACGAAACUAGCUACGAGAAAAUGCUCAAACUCCGUAGGGACCUCAGUAGAGCGGUGACACUUCUGGAACUGAUUAAAAGACGAGAAAAGACGAAGAGGGAACACUUGCACCUUACCAUCGAAGUAUACGAAAAGAGGUAUCAGGCGCAAGACUUCAAUGGUCAAAUUCUGGCAGAAGUGUCCGCUCUUAAAACUUCAAGGCCGGCCUUUGCUCCGCUCUUUACCAACCAGUUCGGUGUUCAUCAAAACUGGGCGACCAAAGUUUGUGGCAAGGACGAGGUGAUACCGAGAAAGGAGAAGCGACAGUACAAGAAGCGGAAGCACAAAAUGGACAGCAGAGUCCUGGACGAGGUCGGGAUUCGCGGAGGCACGGGCAGCGGCGGAGGAGGCGGCCGGAGCGGCAGGACCGGAGUACUCGGAGGCGGGCUGGACCCGCUGGCCAGUUCGGACGAAGAUAGCCCUCUUCCCUCUCACUCGCACUCUCACUCCCAACCCUCUCUUCCCUCGGACCGCGACGACGAGGACACCGCGGACGAGGGCCAGUUCACCUUUCGACGGAACAGGAAUACCACUUACCUACCGCCUGUAUCAGGUGGAUUUGGAAACUGGCCCUGGUGUGAUUGGAGCGAAGGCGGGUUAGCUGACAAGAGGUACCGAUUUGCCAUGACCAGCAUUAGUAAACCCACUCCGAGGUGCAUCGGUCUGGCACGACGGAGAGUCGGUCGAGGUGGAAGAGUCAUUUUGGACCGUUGUUCGACCGACAUGGACGACAUGUGGUCUUCCUUGGAUUUUACGAUACACGAACCCAAGAGAGAACCUACGGAUCCAACUGCGACUGCCACGACUACCACGACCGUCAAGAAGGAAUGGUUGCACUUCCGGCCGAAGACGCCGCCACCCUCGUCGGCGCAAGGCUCGAGCAGCUCGAGCAGCGAGUCGGAGUCGGACCUGGAGCCGGCGUCGUCGAGGCUACGCGGGGAACCGGCACCGGCGUUCCCGUUCCCGGCGGAGGCCACGUCGAUCUGCGUGGACGUCUGCGUGGAGAGCGAGCGGCCGCUGACCGAGGAGGCGCCGUUCACCUCGGAGUUCAACAUUGCGGACUACUUCGCGGUGGAGCCGCUGCCGGACUUCGAGCUCGGCGGAAAGGGCGGGCCGGGGCCGGGGCCGGGGCCGGGGCCGGGGCCGGGGACGGGGACGGGGGUCGGGGGCGGCAAGCAGUCGGACAUUGGCUCGUGCGAGUCGCGGACAGACGAGCUCGGCUGCUCCCGCUUCUUGGUGACGUGCUCCGCGGGCGCGGCCCUGACCCGGCACCAGGUUGGCCCGGCCCGGAGCCAGGUCGCCCCUAGUGCUAAUAGUGUACAUACCGGUAAUACCACGGCGAGCCCUUCCUCCUCGUCGUCCUCUUCCUCCUCCUCGUCCUCGUCCUCCGCCUCCUCGUCCUCGUCCUCGUCGUCGUCCGCCUCCGCCUCCGCCUCCGCCUCCGUCACCGUCUCGUCGUCGUCGUCGUCAUCGUCGUCGUCGACGACGUCCGCCUCCGCCGUCCUGGCGAGCUCGAGCUCGGCGUCGACCACGACGACGAGCGUCUCGGCCGCCAACCAGUGCGCCAACGGCGGCGGCCCCGAGAGCCUGCAGAACCACCAGGUGGUGCGCCAGCACAGACUCUUGGCGAACAGCGCCCCGAGUCCCGGGGUGCUCCCCAGGCCUCUGACCGGCCUCAGGGUCCUUGGCGUUGCGGGAGGCGGUGCCGUCGCCGCGCCCCCGACCUUCGGCAACGGCCACCGAAACGGCCCCCUCGGCCAUCUGCACAACUCCAACAGCCUGGCCAACAACCAAUCGACCAUCCUCCUGCCCCAGAAGCAUCCGCCGUCCAACCUGCUGCCCGGGCUCAUCGCCCAGAGCAAGCUGGCCAACCUCGCCCGGCAGCAGCAACAGACGCAGGCCCAGGCGCAGCAGAUACCGACGUCCGGGGAAAUUACGCUUAAUAGUAAUAGUGAGGGACUGGAGAUGGAGGUGGACGGCGUCUCGGACUCGCCGUUGGACGGCGCGCCGCAGCAACAGCAGCAGCAGCUCGUCAGGGCGAGCAAAGCGAACUCGCUGGCGAUGGAAGUGACAUGAUGCCUGCUGAUGGCACCCCCGCCGUCGCAGAGGCGUCACUGGGGAGUACGCUGAUCCUUACCUUGCCGAGGCGCCGGAGCCGGAGCCGGAGCCGGAGCCGGAGCCGGCCGAGACGAGGCCGCGACCGCUUCGGGAAAGCUGGCCGGACGGCUCGACACCUUCCGUUAACUGCCAGGCCAUUGCCUCUCCUCCGCGGCGCAAAAGGCCCCGGGCCGAAACCUCAUCGGAAGGAGGCGCCUAGACCCUCGACGGAGACUCCGGAGGAACUCGCUACGCGGUCGACUCUGCGGAACGUCCGCCGCUUCGCUAGAAGCUUAAGGCGAUGCGGAAAUGGCGUCAAAGAGGUCUCACUUGUGACACUUUUCUAGGAACCGGGUGGACCGAAUCGAAUCAAGCUUCACUGGGUGCAUAUGGAGGCUAUAAGGAAGGUCCUAACGCCCAUGAAAUUUCAAUUUUAAGAUAAUUUGUUUAUAGCUAUUUUCAACCUUUUUUUUUCGCGAAAAUGAAGUUUUGCGCGGUACGGAACCUACCUUAGGGUCUCCUUAUCCGGAUGGUGAUAUUUGAAAGAAAUUGGUACACCCAAUUUGGAGAAUACUUUCA